AUGGCCGAUAUUUUUGUCAUACAGGAAACUAAGAUAUGUUGUAUGGAGGAAGCAAUUGCCAAAAGCUUUUGGAGGAAGGAUUGCAUUGAAUACUCUUACUCCAAUUCGAUAGGGAGGUCAGGAGGUCUGUUAACGUUAUGGAAGGGAGAUUCGGUUACCGUCCUUAACAGUUUUUCUGAUAUAGGGUUUCUAGGGAUAAAAGCUUUAUGGCAGGGUGAUGUUUAUUAUGUGAUCAAUAUUUACUCUCCUUGUGAGCUUCAAAGGAAGGUGAUACUGUGGAGAACUCUUCUGGAUCUUAAAAGUAAAUAUGUGGAUGGUGAAUGGAUUUUGUGUGGUGACUUUAAUGCCAUAAAAAAUAGUAGGAAAAGGAUUGGGAGGUGGAUGAACGAAAAUGCCAAUGAGAUGAAAGAUUUCGGGGAUUUUAUCAACAAUUGUAACUUGGUGGAUGUGCCUUGCAAAGGUAAACGAUUCACGUGGUAUAGUGGGGAUGGCUUGUCGAUGAGUAGGCUUGAUCGUUUUCUCAUUUCGGAUUAUACUAUUAAUAAGUGGGGUAUUGUGGGCCAAAGCAUAGGGGAGAGGGACGUUUUUUAUCAUUGCCCCGUUUGGAUAGUUAAGGAUAACGUUGAUUGGGGUCCGAAACCGUUCAAAGUCAAUAAUGAAUGGUUCAAUCUUAAAUCUUUCUUACCCUUUGUUGAAAAAACAUGGAAAGAGGCGAUUGUCGAAGGGAGAAGUGAUUUUGUUCUCAAAGAAAAGUUUUGUAUCCUCAAAGGGAGACUCAAAUGGUGGAACAAAGAGGUGUUCAGGAAGAUAGAUUUGGAGAUUGAGGAGGAGGUGGCAGACUUGAAUAGGUGGGACUCUUUAUUAGAGGAGGAGAUUGCCGAGGGGAGGGAUGAUAUCGUUAAAGUUAGGAAAGAGGUGUGCGGUCGUUUUUGGUUGAACCUGAGAAUCAAAGAGGACAUGAUUAUUCAAAAAUCAAGACUUGCAUGGCUUAACGGCGGGGAUUCCAAUAGUAUAUUUUUUUCACAAAGUCAUGAAGGAAAGGAGGAGGGUUUUCAUUCCGGCGGGGUUCUCUCUAAGGCGGUCACUUCUUCAUUUUUGUCGUUAAAUCCAAAAACUCAUAACCCUCUUAGUUUGGAUGAUUAUAGACCAAUUUGCUUAAUUGGUUGUUUGUACAAAGCGGUAUCCAAAUUAUUGGCGGGAAGAUUGAAGCGUGUCUUGGAUUCUAUUAUUUCUCCUAAUCAAAGUGCUUUCGUUCCGGGAAGGCAACUUCUUGAUGGAGUUUUGAUUGCUAACGAAGUUGUUGACUACGCUCAUAAAGAAGAGAAAAGUUUCUUUCUUUUUAAGGUCGACUUUGAGAAGGCUUACGACAAAGUGAAUUGGGAUUUUCUUAGAUUCUUGUUGAAGGAGAUGGGGUUUGGGUCAAAAUGGAUGAGAUGGAUGGAGCUUUUGAUUUUCCAAAGUAAAAUGUCGGUGCUAGUUAACGGGAGUCCUACUAAGGAGUUUGUGGUUGAGAAAGGAUUGAGGCAAGGAGAUCCCUUAUCUCCUUUCCUUUUUGUUCUUGUGGCGGAAGGUCUCACGACUCUUGUGAAGAAAGCUACGUCUUUAGGGGAUUAUGAAGGCUUUAUCAUCAACGGUAAAUGCUCGGUGGACAUCCUUCAAUUUGCGGACGACACUUUGUUGAUAGGGGAGGGCAAUUGGAAACAAAUUUGGGCUAUUAAGACCGUGUUGAAGGCGUUUGAGUUGGUUUCUGGUCUUGGCAUUAAUUACCGUAAAAGCAAAUUGAUCGGCAUCAAUAUUGGCAACAACUUGAUGGAAGCGGCGUCCUCUCUUUUAUCUUGUAAGGUGGAAGGCAAAGUUUUUUCUUUUCUUGGCAUAAUAGUUGGAGCUAAUCCUAGGAGAAUUUCGACUUGGAAACCGUUAUUGGACAAGAUGAAGAAACGUCUCUCGAGUUGGAAGAAUAGGUUCCUUAAUUUUGCGGGGAGGAUUACUCUUAUCAAAUCCAUCUUAUGUUCUUUAUCUAUCUUCACGAUGUCUUUCUAUAGGAUGCCGGUAAGGAUUGUUGAAGAAAUUACCAAACUUCAAUGUGAUUUUUUGUGGGGAGUCUCGGAGACUCAUAGAAAGAUUCAUUGGGUGGGAUGGAAAAAAUUAUGUCUCCCUUUCGACAAAGGAGGGGUGGGUUUUAAGAGGAUGGAUGAUUUUAAUUUUGCUCUUUUAAACAAAUGGAGGUGGAGGAUUCUUCAUGGAUCGGAUUCUAUUUGGCAUAACCUUCUCCGUGCUAGAUAUGGUGACAUUCGUUUACAAGUUUCGAAGGGAGGAGAUUGUAUUACCGUCGGUUCCUCUUGCUCUACAUGGUGGAAAGAUAUUUUGUCUCUUGGGAAGAAUUCAUUUAAAGACGCCAUUGUGAAUAACUGCUCCUUUUUGGUUGGAAACGGUUACAAUAUUUCUUUUUGGCAUUCCAAGUGGGUUCUUGAUUCACCGUUGAAGGAUAUUUUUCCUUCUCUUUUCAUGUUGUCUCGUCUUAAAAAUGUCUCGGUGGCAUGCAUGGGGGAUGGAGUGAUGGUUUCGGGGGCUGUUUCUGAGCUGGGCAGGGGGCGGCAUUUUCCUGUUUCGGCUGGUUCUGUCCCAACGAGCUUACGCUCUGCUCGCAAUCAGCUGCAGGAGGCUGAAACUGUGCUGGACAGUGGGCCUAGCAAUGCUGCUGCGGCGGUUUCUGUCAGCACUGAUGGGCUGUUCAGGGUGCUUCGCGGUGCUGACUUGAGGGAGUCGGGAGGAAUCGAUGUCGUUAGGUGGGAUGCGGAGAAUGAUAACAUGUAUUCUGUUAAAUCUUGUUAUCAUUUUUAUGCAGGUUUUUCUAUUCCUUGUGGUCCAAUUGAGAAGCACGAUGGAGCUUUUUCGCUAAUAUGGAGGACGGAUACUCCGUUCAAGAUCAAAGUUUUUGGUAGGAGAAUUUUGAUCAAUAGUUUACCUACGAAGGAGCUUCUUCUUAAGAGAGGUAUCUCUUUUACAUCUUCUACGCCUAAUUGUGUGUUUUGUGGUAUUGCUCUUGAAUCGUUAGAACACUAA